AUGUGCUGUGGGUCAUAUAUGGGUUGCACCACUUCAUAUUGUUCAGGUAAAGGACGAUGUACCCUUGAAAAUGCUAAAAAGAUUGCUUUAAGUAGAGGUGAAUAUCCAACUGGAUUACAUCUCGAUAUUUAUUAUCCAGAAUAUGGUCAGAAUAUGGUUUUACAAUUGAGAUACAAGGACAACUGCAUGAAAAAAUACGUUGAAUUCUUUCACAGAGGUCCCAAUAAUUUUAUCCAACAACAAAGGCGGGAUCAACUCAAGAAAGAACU